AUUCCUAAAUCUAAAUCCUCAGAUGAUGUAAGGAAACUCGAAAACAAAUUAGCGAUGGCAUGACACUCAAUAGAAUCGGGUCACACAAUUGAUUUUAACGGCACAAGAUUCCUUCAAAAAGUUUUUAAUCUUUACAAAGAAAGACUAACAGCUGUAGCCCUAAACAUAUAGGCUAAUCCAAAUAGUAUUAAUAGGGGAGAUGGAAUACAAUUAGCUGUCCCAUGGCAACUAAUAAUUAAUAAAUAGACCUGAACUCCUUAUUCCGUUUUAUCUAUCUCUUAUUAUCUGAAAAAUAACAAUUACAUUCAACGAUUCUAAUCAGUUGUCUUAUCUGAAUAUGUUAGAAAAAUUAACUAGAACAAUAAAAAUGAUACAAACAUUCAUUCCUUUAUUUUGUUUAUCUUCAUUUUAUGCAUGCUGUGAGAUAUUUGGUUCAUAUUAUGUGUAAAAAAUUGUAUUUUUCUUAAAAAUCCACUAAUCAGAGACAAAUAACGAAUGAGAUUUCUUCUCACACCACUUACCUAUACACACAAUCUAUUAUCUUAACACUUCAUUUCACACCACAUAUCUCUUACACACUAGAGCAAAUACCUACUUUAAGCAUUGUUGACAUUGAUUAGAUGACCUAUUUAGUAUACAAUUAAUCAGAGAAAAAUGUACCCAUUUUUAUAUUUGAUAGUUUUGAUGCUUGAUUAUAAUUGCUUGAAAAAGGAUGGACUAGAUUACCGGGCGAAACGUUGGAUUUACUUCAAAUUCAUUCGCUGAGAUUUUACAAAUACAUUCUUCCCCAUUAAUGUCUCACACCAACUCGGCACCCGAAUACCGUGAAACUAUUCGAUCAAAUUUAGACGAAAGUUCUUAUAAAUUCAGGGAUAAGUUGUUAAUGUUUUUCAGCUAUGCUAAGUAUCAAAGUUACCUGUGAACUGUUGCGUCAGUAGUUAUUAGGACACUAGAGGGUAAAGUUAUUCAAUCGGUUUAUGAAUAAACUAAUCUACUUCGGUGCAUUUAUAAGUGUUUCACUUCUUCAACUUGUCAUUCUCAAUAGGACCCGGAUGUCUGCCAGCAUAUCAAAAUAAAAACUACACUGCAUAAAAUUCAGCUGUGUGUUACUUUGCAAAAACAAAACUUUCAUGUGUAAAGGGAACACAUAAGCUGUAAUUAUUUGGGUUUUUUGAUCACUGGAAUGAACUAAUGUUCCUUGAAAGUUAAUAAAAGUCCUUUGUAGCCAACGUGUUACAUUUUACGUAGACGAAUUCUAUUAUGGUUAACAUUCCAAAUACUAUCAUUCAAUAUUACCACUCCUUUAGAUAUUUAAAAUAUGGCCGGUGAAGAAUCGAUAAAAAUUAAAUUAAUCCUGUUGGGAGAUUCAGGUGUUGGGAAGACAAGUUUAAUUCGUCGAUUUGUUGAUGACCGAUUCAUACACAAUGAAGCGGCGACAAUCGGUUUUGAUUUCAAACCAUAUCAAAUGGUUGUAGACGGGAGAACAAUUCAGUUUAAUAUAUGGGACACAGCUGGUGUUGAACGAUACAGCAGUUACUUGACUCCUUCUCUUUACCGCCACGCUCAUGGUGCUCUUUUUGUAUACGAUGUUACUUCCAUACAAAGUCUUUCCGGAGUGAAAUACUGGGUAGAACAAACUAGACAAUUUUGUGGUAGUCGACUUUUAAAAAUGCUUGUUGGUAAUAAAAUUGACUUGGAUAAUCGCAUGGUUUCAAAAAAAGAAGGUUCCGAUUUCGCACGAAGUAUGGGGUCAAUUUUUGUUGAAACCAGUGCAAAAACAAGUGAAAAUGUUCGUGAUGCUUUUGUAGAACUUGUUCGUAAAAUACUUCAAGAUCCUGAAUUCCUGUCAUCAACAACAACAACAUCACAACCACCUGAAGGAGUAUCCCUUGAAUCCACUCAACCCAGCGGAUCACUAACAUGUCCUUGUUAACAUUCAAGGGAAAUUCACAUGAACGCUAUGAAAUACACUCAGAUAAUCUGGGAUCAAAUACAGUCAACAAUCAACAAGUCAAUCAUGCUUUAAAAUGCACAGAAAUCAACCGUAAAUGUUUUUUUUUAAUAAAAAACCUGUGAUUUUACUUAUUCGUACAUUUAUUCUUCCACUAUUUUGUGUAUACACAUGCUUAAUCAUAACCUAAAUGUAUUGCGCAAAUGUUUAUUCGGGUGAGAACUCCGUGUUAUGAUGUAAGAUUACUGAGUUAUAUCUCCCUUUCUUGUAAUUAAAUUGAUCAUAUAUUUUUGUCAGUAUUUUGAAAAUUAUACCAUGCUUUUCUAUCUAUCUA